AUGUAUAUUGCGUUAAGCAAGAUCGCGUGCAAUAGGCUGCAGAAGGAGCUUACCGAGUGGCAAUUAAAUCCUCCCACUGGAUUUAGGCACAAAGUUACUGAUAAUCUCCAAAAAUGGACAAUCGAUGUUACCGGAGCUCCGGGAACUCUCUACGCGAACGAGACUUACCAGCUUCAGGUUGAAUUUCCCGUAAAUUACCCCAUGGAAGCGCCGCAGGCAAUUUUUUCAUAUAUGUCUAUGUCUAUCUCUUCAAUCUCUUUGGUUGUUUUUAUUCCUCCGGCACCGUCGCAUCCACAUAUUUACAGCAAUGGACAUAUUUGUUUAGAUAUUCUAUAUGACUCAUGGUCACCAGCAAUGACGGUGAGUUCAGUCUGCAUCAGCAUUCUCUCGAUGCUCUCGAGUUCACCUGCAAAGGAACGUCCUGCGGAUAAUGAUCGUUAUGUGAAGAACUGUAAGAAUGGGAGGUCUCCUAAGGAGACGAGGUGGUGGUUCCAUGACGAUAAGGUUUGA